GACGACGACGACGACAACCGGAAUCCCCACAAUCCUAAACCUUGAACCCAUAAUUACCUUCCGUUUUCCGAUCACAUUAUCCAAUCGUUUCAUUUUUUACACUCAUCAGAUCAAUUUUUCAACGGUUCGAUUCCUCCCCCUGAUGUGAUCAUAUCAUCUGAGCACCGGCAGUCUCUUCAGUUUGCUCGUCGCCGGAUGCAGAUUUGGUUAGAAGCAAAUAGCUAUGAGAUGUGGGAUUGCAUUGCUAGAGGACCUUAUAAAGUAUUAGCUAGAGACCAGAAUAACAAACUUGUUCCUAAGGAUCCUACAUCAUAUGAUGAAGCUGAUAGAAAAAAAUUGCAGAUAAAUGCUCAAGCUAAAAAUGCAUUGUUUUGUGCUUUACAUCCUAGUGAAUAUGAUAGAAUUAGUGCAUGUGAUUCUGCUAAGGAAAUGUGGGAUAAAUUACAAGUGGCUCAUGAAGGAACUAAUGAAGUCAAGAAAUCAAAAAUUAACAUGUUGGUUCAAAAAUAUGAGUUGUUCAAAAUGAAAUCAGAUGAAGAAAUUAAAGACAUGUUUACUUGUUUUACCAAAAUCACUAAUGAAUUAAAGCUUUUUGAUAGGGUGCUUCCGGAGGAAGAUAAGGUCAGAAAAAUUCUUCGCUCCUUCCCAAAAUCCUGGAGUCCAAUCAAGACGACAAUAGAAGAAGCUCAUGAUUUAAGUGCCAUGACUGUUGAGAUGCUGCAAGGGAAGCUUCUUACACAGGAAAUGGCCAUGAAAAAUGGUGAAAGUGAUGAUGAUUCUCGGAAGAAGAAAUCUGUAGCUUUCAAAAGCUCCUCCAAAGAUGAAAGUGACAUUGAUGAAGAGGAUGAUGAAGAAUUUAUAGUGCUUGCUCAAAAGUUUAAGAGUUUCCUAAGGAAAGACAAGCUGAAGAAUCAAGGACAACAAAAGAAAAAUUACAAAAGCAGUAAAGGAAAGGGAGAAAGCAGUAAAAAGGAUGAAAUUAUCUGCUACAAAUGCAAGAAGGCUGGACAUGUUAAAUCUGAGUGUCCAAACAAUGAUAAAAAAAGUCUAAAAGCCAAAAAGAAAAAGAAGGCAAUGGUUGCCACAUGGAGCUGCAGUGAUGACUCAUCUUCUAGUAAAGAAGUAAGUGACAUGGAAGCUCAUAUUUGUCUCAUGGCAAAUGAUGACACAGAUGAGGCAAUAGAAAGAGGAACGGUGAUUUUUAGUGACAAUGCAAAAGGUCACAUCAAAGGUAUUGGCAAAGUAGGUAAGAAUUCUGGUUUAAUUAUAGAAAAUGUUUGACUUUGAUGCUAUCUUGGUGUUAUCUUUUGUCUACUGCAUUUUGCUAAUUUGUAUGUUUCUUUUUGCUAAUGACAAAAAGGGGAAGAGGAACUUAAAUGAAAAUUAUCUUUAUUA